AUGCAUUGCUCAGGCCGGAGCGCCAAGCGCGGGGCCGGAGCGCCCUUCCCGGAGUCCUUUGCGCGGCACCUGGCGACAAAAUGGCUGCCCGAGGGAGACGGGCGGAGCCUCCGGGCCGGGAGGCACCGGGCCCCGCGGGCGGCGGCGGCGGGAGCGGGAGCCGGUGGGCCGAGUCGGGGCCGGGGACGUCUUCGGAGAGCGGGGACGAGGAGGUGUCGGGCGCCGGUUCGAGCCCCGUGUCGGGCGGCGUGAACCUGUUCGCCAACGAUGGCAGCUUCCUGGAGCUGUUCAAGCGGAAGAUGGAGGAGGAGCAGCGGCAGCGGCAGGAGGAGGAGCCGCCCCCGGGCCCUCCGCGACCCGAUCAGCCGGCCGCCGCCGCGGGCCCCGGGGAUCCGAAGAGGAAGGGCGGCCCCGGCUCCACGCUGAGCUUCGUGGGCAAGCGCAGAGGCGGGAACAAGCUAGCCCUCAAGACGGGAAUAGUGGCCAAGAAGCAGAAGAUGGAGGAUGAGGUAUUAACAAGUAAAGGUGACGCAUGGGCCAAGUACAUGGCCGAAGUGAAAAAGUAUAAAGCCCACCAGUGUGGGGACGACGACAAGACUCGGCCCUUGGUGAAAUGACCCUGCCACCCGCGCGGCCCGGGACUCUGCCAUGUGCGGACUAUUUAACGCGGUGGCGGCGGUGGCGGUGGUGGCCUCCCCUCUCCCAGCCCAGGAC